AUGUUCGGCGGCGGUUCCAGCUCCGCCUCUUCUAAAUCCGAUUCAGCUGUCGAUUCGGGCAAGAACGAGAAGAAGUCACCGUCACCCGAUGCAAAGGCAGACGGAGUUGCAGUCAAAGCUUCAGAACAGGCCGUCGGCGAAAAACGCAGCGGCAAUGGCAGCCCUACUGGACGAGCGGAUACCGGUAAUGGCGAUAAGAAGCGUCGGAGUAGUACCGUGGGAUCCAAAGCAAGCAGUCUCAUAGCUAGCGCCAAGCAGUCUUUGAACUUUUCCCAGGUCGGUCGCCAGUCCAGCGAUACCGGCAAUUCUCAAACGCCAUUGCAGAAGCUGGGCAAGCAGGAUCCUGCCUUGGUCGUGCCUCAGGGCCAGCACAACAACUCUGCUGGCGAGUCACUCCCAGGCCCUCGAUCCACUUUCAGGGUUGGAGUCUGGGAAGAUCGAAAUAAGAAAUGCAGGCGGACCAUGGAGGAUACACAUGCGUUCCUGUAUAAUUUCCUCAACACCCCGGCACCUGCCCUCACUGGCGACGCCAACAGCACCCGAUCUGGCAAGUCCGGCGAGGCCAACGACUCGCAUCCUGAUCCCGCAUCACAAGAUAUGAUUGAGACGGACAAUGGCUAUUUCGCCAUCUUUGACGGACAUGCCGGCACUUUUGCUGCUGAUUGGUGCGGAAAGAAAGUCCAUAUAAUACUCGAGGAAGUGAUUCGAAAGAACCCCAAUGUGCCGAUUCCAGAGCUCCUGGAUCAGACGUUUACAAGUGCAGAUGCGCAGCUUGAAAAACUUCCCCUCAAGAACAGCGGCUGCACGGCAGCCAUUGCCGUAUUGCGUUGGGAGGACCGCGUACCCAGCUUCAGUUCAGCUACUGGCUCUCAAUCGAUAGCUCCCGCUGCUGCUGCCGCAUCGAAAGAACGGUCUAAAGACAGCAAACCGGAAGACGGCGAGGCUACUGCUCCUGAAGCUGCCCAUGCCAAGCUAAAAGGCUCAGCUGUCCGCCAGCGAGUUCUUUAUACUGCAAAUGUCGGUGAUGCCAGAAUUGUUCUGUGCAGAUCUGGAAAGGCUCUGCGGUUAUCUUACGAUCACAAGGGUAGCGAUGAGAAUGAGGGCAAGCGUAUUGCUAAUGCUGGUGGCCUGAUCUUGAAUAACCGGGUGAACGGUGUCUUGGCUGUCACUCGCGCCCUUGGUGAUACCUACAUGAAGGAUCUCGUAACAGGUCAUCCUUACACCACCGAGACAGUUAUUCAGCCGGAGAUCGACGAGUUCAUCAUCAUAGCAUGUGAUGGACUUUGGGAUGUUUGCUCUGAUCAGGAAGCCGUUGACUUGAUCAGGAACAUUGAGGACCCAAUCCAAGCCGCCAAGCUACUGGUCGACCACGCACUCGCUCGGUUCAGCACUGACAACUUGUCCUGUAUGGUAGUGCGUUUCGACAAGGUUGCACUCCUGGAAACUCAGAAAGACAAGGCUAUCGGAGUGGAAAGUGACGUCUCGGAGUCGCUCGGCAAAGUUAGUGAGGCAGACAAGCUCGUUGGCAUCACCAAGCAAAAGAUCGCCGGUGGUGAGCCAGCGGUAGGCGUAUCAGGUAGCAACAGCGGCCGUGGCCAUGAUCCUAUACCUCUCGGCGACAACGAGACAUUCAAGCCAACUGCACUGCAAGGGUCGGUCGCCGAGUCUCCUGAGGACAGUGACGCGCCUGAAGUCACUAAAGAAGCGCUGCCAAAACCUGGUAACUAG